AUGACGGAGGUUGAGCAGAAACCAUUUAAUGAUGGCGAGGCUAGUAUGGAAGAAGUAGCUAAAGCUUACAUGGAUAUAAGACAGCGUAAAGAUGGCCCAAGCGCUGCCCCACUCGAUGCGAAAAUUGCUGCGAUGCUGCCGAAGCAGGAACCAGCUGCCAAUAAUUCUUCAACAGAUGAAGUAGAGAAGGAGAAAGACCGUGGGAAACGUGAGAAAAGGAGUAGAGAUAAGAGCCGUGAUAGAAGCAGGGAGAGAAGUCGUGACAGAAGCAGGGACAGGAGCCGAGAUAGGAGCAGGGAUAGAAGUCGUGAUAGAAGUAGGGGUAAGAGCCGUGACCGCAAAAGGCGCUCGCGAAGUAGAAGCAGAAAUCGGGAUCGCCGUCGUUCCAGAUCCCAUGAACGACGUCAUCGUGAUCGAGACCGUAGUCGCAGUCGCGAAAGAGAGAAGCCGAAGAAAAAGUAUAAGUUCUGGGACGUGCCACCAACAGGUUACGAGCAUCUUACACCGAAGGAGUACAAAGAGCUACAGGGUGAUUUUUUGCAGUUUUUCAAAUCCGCUGUGCCAGUAGUUGGUCCGUCAGUUACCUGCCAGUCUCGUCGUUUGUACGUUGGGAACAUUCCAUUCGGAUGUAGUGAAGACGCUAUGCUAGAUUUUUUCAAUCAGCAGAUGCAUUUGUGUGGACUUGCACAAGCGCCCGGUAAUCCAGUGUUAGCGUGUCAAAUGAAUUUGGAUAAAAAUUUCGCCUUCAUUGAAUUCCGGUCCAUUGAUGAGACAACAGCCGGUAUGGCAUUUGAUGGUAUCAACUUUAUGGGACAACAGUUAAAGAUUCGACGACCACGUGACUAUCAGCCGAUGAGCACUAACUACGAUGUUGGCAACAUGAUGGUUUCGAAUAUUGUGGCGGAUAGCCCGUAUAAAAUAUAUAUUGGCGGAUUACCAACUUACUUGAAUGCCGAUCAGAUUUUAGGUUUAAAAGACGAUUCAUUAUGUUUAGUGGCUCUUACGUAUCAGAGUAAGCGGCUUUUGAUCGCAUUGUUGACCUGUAUGCUUUUUUGUUUUUUGAAAAGUUUUACGCAACAUGAAAUGGUAAAAGAAUUGCUUUCUUCCUUUGGACAGCUUAAAGCUUUCAAUCUUGUCACAGAGCAGUCUACCGGAGUUUCAAAAGGUUUUGCAUUUGCUGAAUACUUGGAUCCUUUAUUAACGGAUCAGGCAAUUGCUGGCUUAAAUGGCAUGCAGCUGGGAGAUAAGAAUCUGGUUGUUCAAUUGGCUUGUGCAGGCUCUCGACCGCAGGGUAAUCCAUCAGCGUUCCCACAAAUCCAGGUGGCAGGUAUUGACUUGUCGCAGGGUGCUGGUCCACCGACGGAGGUCUUAUGUUUGAUGAACAUGGUUACAGAAGAUGAAUUGAAGAAUGAUGAAGAAUAUGAAGAUAUUAUGGACGAUAUACGGGAGGAAUGCAUGAAAUAUGGAGUAGUUAAGUCGCUGGAAAUCCCACGUUCAGUUCCUGGCAUGGAAAUAACUGGUGUCGGGAAGGUUUUUGUUGAAUUCAACGAUAAGCAAGAGUGCCAAAAAGCCCAAGCUGCCCUAACUGGUCGAAAGUUUGCGAACCGGACAGUUGUGACUAGUUAUUAUGACCCUGAUUUGUAUCACCGGAGACAGUUUUAA